AUGCAGUCGACUUGUCAGCAACAGCAGGCCCAGCCAGGCCAAAACGGUACGUCCGCGAGCAGAACAUCGUUUCUAAUCGAAGACAUCCUUAGCCGUGGAACGGCACCGCCGCAUUCUCAUCAUCAGCUUCAUCAUCAGCAUCUAACGUCCAGCCACGGGGUGCAGCAUCAGCAGUAUCAACAGUUCGCGAAUUUAUUGCCCGGCUACCCGUCUGCACCGCCCACAGCAACGUUUUUCCUAGGCCCACUUUUCGGCAACACCGCGAUGGGGGUUGGAGUGGUCCCCGGAGUUACUGAACUCGCGGCCUUGAAGCACUGCCGUCGACGGAAGGCACGAACAGUGUUCAGUGAUCAACAAUUGGCGGGUUUGGAAGCCAGAUUCGAGGUGCAGAGGUACCUGAGCACGCCGGAGAGGGUCGAGCUUGCGGCGGCGCUUCACCUCUCGGAGACCCAAGUGAAAACGUGGUUUCAAAACCGGCGGAUGAAACACAAGAAACAAUUGAGGAAAUUGAACACCAGCGCGGGAAGCAACGGCAAUCAGAAUUCUAAUCAGCAAUGCACUGGUCAAUCCGUAUCUGUCACCUCACCUGCCGAACGGCCGGUGGACUUCUCUCUGAGCGGCGGGCGAGAAUCACGGGCGAGCAGCGACGCGCCGGUAGACUCCGACGACGAUGAAAUCGACGUCCUCGGCGACGAGACGCCAUCGCCGACGCGGACUGGCAACAUUCACGUCUCCAGGCGUGCUGGCUCGCCGACGAAUUUUCAUCAGAUCACGUAUCGCCACUCGGUCAGCCUGUCUCAUCAGCCGCAACACGGACAAGCUGUUCAACGCCAACAUCGCUGAAACGAAACGGUGCAAGGAUAAUGUUGCUCUUUCACAGAGGAGAGCCUGUUUCACCUAAACGCAUUAAAUGCAGGCGUUGCGUACCGGGAACGUGGACUCGACUCGACUCGAGGGGAGGACUGAC